CUCUCCCUCUCUCUCUCUCUCUCAUCCUGUCCCUGUGUGAAUGCUAUUGUGUUCUUCAGAUGGACGUUAUUCCCAGAGCCUCAGACACAGACGUUGGAGCUCUGUAGCUCGGUGCGGGAGAUCCAAGAUGGCCGAUCAGGAGAGCGACUUCUUCUUCGACCCGUCCUGCGACGCGCUGACGACGGAGGCCCUGCAGUUCCAGCCGCUCUUCAUCUGCGAAGACGACGGGGAGAGGGAGCAGAAGCAGAAACAGGAAGUGGCGGCGGCCAGGGAGGAAGUGGAACAGGAGCAGAAGCAGAAACAGGAAGUGGCGGCGGCCAGGGAGGAAGUGGAACAGGAGCAGGAGCAGGAGCAGGAGCAGGAGGAGGAGCGGUUCGAGGACUGCGUGGAGGAGCUGCAGUCAGCGCUGGGCUUCUCGCGGAGGUGCCGCGCCGCCAUGGAGGAGGAGUUCAGCGGCCUGAUGGCGCAGAUGAUGGCGGAGAUCGAGGAGUACGACAGCCUGCUCAACUGCGCCUCCAUGGGCUGCUGCCCCCCCAUAGGGGACCAAGGGGGCGCUACGGGGGGCAUCCUGCCAGCCGACGGCUACUUCCUCACCCCGGGGCAGCAGGGGGACAUGUUGGGGGGCAUCCUGCCAGCCGACGGCUACUUCCUCUCCCCGGGGCAGCAGCAGGGGGACAUGUUGGGGGGCAUCCUGCCAGCCGACGGCUACUUCCUCUCCCCGGGGCAGCAGCAGGGGGACAUGUUGGGGGGCAUCCUGCCAGCCGACGGCUACUUCCUCUCCCCGGGGCAGCAGCAGGGGGACAUGUUGGGGGGCAUCCUGCCAGCCGACGGCUACUUCCUCUCCCCGGGGCAGCAGGGGGACAUGUUGGGGGGCAUCCUGCCAGCUGACCUCUCACCUGUGGGGGGCCAGUGGGGUCUGGAGGGAGGGAGCAGCGCUGCAGGAGCUGCCCUGCUACACCAGAGGGCGCUGAUGAGCGCUGGAGACUCGGCGCUGCGGCGGCUCACAGGUGAGGGAGACGAGCGGGCCCAGCUGCAGCAGCAGCGUACGGCGGGGGAACAACUAGAGCGGCGCACUCACAACAAGGCAGGCUGUCCCGCCGCCAAUAUGGCAGAGGCCACGCGUACAUCAGGGGUGGGCUCUGUGACGGAGCUGACACCUGGGAUGGGGGUGAGUCCUGGGAUGGAGGUGACUGCAGAGGCUGGGGUGGGCCCUGUGACGGAGGUGGGCCCUGUGACGGAGGUUGGCCCUGUGACGGAGGUGCGCCCCGUGAUGGAGGUGGGCCCUGUGACGGAGGUGGGCCCUGUGAUGGAGGUGGGCCCCGUGACGGAGGAGACGGCUGUGGAGCCGGAGGCGGUGGUGACGCGGGACCUGGGCGAGCUGGGCGCGCUGUUCGAGGACUGCAUCGCAGAGGUGAGCCGUCUGGAGCAGCGACGGGACGAGCUGGUGACGGAGCUGCUGGAACUGGAGCGCCCCCUAGCGGAGGGGGUGCAGGUACUGCGGGACGAGCUGACCGAGGCCAACACACAGCUGGACCGCUGCGGCCUGCAGAGGGAGGACCUGAAGGAGAGCAUCCGCCUGCUGAAGAGGCAGCUGUUUGCCGUGGCCAGGGCCUGCGCUCAGAGCCAGGUGGAACUGUCGUCACGGAAACAUGACGCACAGAAGCUGAGCAACGUACAGGAGGAGCUGCAGGCGCGGGUGCAGGCUCUGACGGACGAGGCGGCCCAGCUGCGCUCGGAGCACGCGAGCCGUCUGCAGCGUCUGCAGGAGCAGCAGCAGCAGGAGAACAACGCCGCCUCCUCCUCCUCCACCGACCUCUCCGACGGCCGGCGCGCCUCCUGCGACCUGCAGCACUACCUGCAGGUCGCCUUAUGUCUUUUAUGUUAA